AUGGAGAACAUCGACGCCCUUCUCGACUAUAGAGGAGUGCCCGAAGCUAUCAAAUUUCGUUUGUUCCCUACCACCUUGCGCAAAGGAGCCAUGACUUGGUAUAAAAGUUUGCCCGAUGAGUCUAUCACUUCAUGGAAAGUGCUCGGGAAACUUUUUUCCAGACACUUCACGGCAUCUCGGAGACACCCCAAGUCAGAAGCCUCCCUGGAAGCCAUCAUCCAAGGAAAAGAUGAGUCUCUACGGGUGUACAUAGAAAGAUUUAACAAAAAAGCAGUACAAGUAUCCACCACUGCCCAUAUGAAGAAAUUCUUGCUCGAGCGCGGCCUCCGACCACGCUCGGACUUUGCUAAAGCCGUCGGAAUCGAGACGCCGGCCACUCUUGACGAGUUUUUCCUCAAAGCUCAAGCAUACAUACAAUAUGAGGAAAAAGAAGCCGCUCAUGCGGUACGCAAUUCCAGACAAGAAGAAACCAGCAAGAAUGGUUGUCGGGGAACAGACAAGAAGAAGGACGACAAGGGCUGGGAUCCCAAAGACUACAAAUCCCCAUCCGGGAAAUUCCGAGAAUACACCUCGCUCAACGCCUCAAGGGAACGCAUCUUAAACGAAUGCGCAAACGCCGAAUUUCAGACGGGCAAGAUCCGCUUCUUUAAAACCAUGCCUGCGCGAACAAACGUGGAUAAAUCAAAAUUCUGCCGAUUCCACAAAGGCCACGGGCACAACACAGAAGAUUGCAUCCACCUAAAGGAUGCCAUAGAGAUAUUAAUUAGGGAGGAACAUUUGAAGCAAUAUGCGAAGAAGCAGGAAGCCGUCAGAGAAGCCAAACUAGUCACCGAGGAAAAGCCGGCGGAAGAUACGCCCGCCAUGCAAGUGGCCAUGAGCAUCACCAGGCCGAAAGACUUUUACCUCCCUGACUGUGCAAAAUUGGCGACAACCACCUCCCCUCACAGCGCAUGGGAGAUGUUUCCCUCCUCCAUGGUCAUAUCGGGUGGAGGAUUCAGUAAGCUCACUGUGGGAUCCGUAAAACGCAAAUUUGACAAGCUGAUCUCAGCCAGCGCGAGCAAGGCCACCACUCUCGACCAGACAAAGGGCAUCCCAUCCUCCAUCUCCUUUUACAAAGAGGGACUUCCCGGAGGAGCACCCAACGCCAACAUUCCCCUCCUCAUCCGAGCUAGGAUGGCCAAUUUUGACGUGCGACGGAUAUUGGUCGAUCAGGGAAGUUCGGUAUUCAGAACACUGCAACUGAACGACAAUCACCUCACCACCUACGUAGGAUCAGACCUACAAGGUUUCAACGGCACGGUAACUAAGCCAUGGGGGUUCGUCGAGCUCAUAGUUACGAUCGGAUCGGCAGAAAUCGCAAGGGCUAUCAAAGUCCAAUUCUUGGUUAUCGACUGCCCCUCGAUAUACCAAUGCAAUCUUGGACGCCUGAUGCUAGCCGAAUUAUUUGUCGUCCCCUCAACCGUGCACCUAAAGCUUAAAUACUACACGGCCAAAGGACAAGUAGAGACACUCAACGGCGACAUCGAAGCAUCCAGGAGAUGCUUCGAAGCCUCCGCCAAGGGCCUAAGCUUGAUAAAGACACCUGCCCAAGAAGAGACAGCGACCAGCGCUAUCUCAGAAACCAACAAAUCUUCGCCCCGCGUCGACACCGUCGACCUCGACAGUCAUUUUCUGGGAGAAACCGAGCAGAGACUCAACUUCGGUGCAUCAGAAGGGAUCCUCCGGCCAAUUCCCGACGGAGACUUCGAACUCAUGGCCCUCGGAGAAGAUCCGACUAGGGGAGUCAAGAUCGGAUCAGACCUGCCGGACCUGGUCAAAAGAUAA